AUGGUAACCGCAAAUAUGACCUACGAUACCUUGUGUUUCAUUGAAAAAAACGAAUGGCCCAAGUCUCUCUCCAGAGCAAUUGCAGACGAAGUUGAGAAGAACUCUUCAAAUUACGUCUCCCAUGAGACACACACAUUUACAAUACAGGGCAAUGUUUGGACCGCUAGUGAAUUGCAGCUAAAUAAGGCGAGGUCCAUUUCACUCAAAGCACAUUCCAUGGACCGUGCUAAGAUUGCUGAAGGUGUUUUGAGAUUCGGACAAUUCCCUAAUCUCAAGGACGGCCGUGGCCGAAUUGUGUUCUUGUUUAUUCAGUUGCACCAACUUCUGGUAGUGCCAAAAAAAUGGGUGGAAUGUUGGGGUUACAGAGCGUCAGUCGGUGUACGAUGUCUUCAAGUUGGCGAUAUCAAAAUACCUCUCGGUGUUGGUUUGUCCCAUGAGGAGCCCGAAGAGUGGUAUGAUGCCAUAGAUUCCCAGGAGGAGAUAAAGAUUUACGGCGUUUCAAAAGUAGGCAAGGUGCAAGAUGUGGUAUUGAUUGACCAGUUCCCAAAGGACACCAUGAUUGUGCAGAAUGUUUCAGAACAUGUGCUUGAGGAAGUCUCAAAGAUUGACAAUUGCUUGGGUCACCAAACUUGUAUUCUGUGCCAACGAGAUAAUGUGGUUAUGAUCACUACAAUUUAUUCUUCCAGCCCCGCCAACUCUUCCAAGCUGAGUAUUUCCCAAAACACUCAAAAGAUUGAUGAUAAUGAAGCAGAUGAGAAGCCCGAUGAUUUUGCUUUGGUUGCAUCUAAUGGAUUCUGGAAAUUGAAGAGCACAUGCGGUUUUUCCUUCGAUCGUGAAGUAUCAUUCCCUCUAUCGAAGAGCUUUCACGUUUUUGAUGAAGAAAAGUUUGCCAACAAUUAUGAAUCAUCCUCGGGAAACUAUUACAUCAGAGCACUUCAAGACCAGCCUCUUUUGGCUAGCCCUAAAUUAUAUUUUGGGCGGAUCCUUAAAUUCAGCAUCGAUGCUCCACAUACUCACUCCAGCUUUCAGAACUUGGUUGUCCAAAUCGCUAAACAAACAAUUCAUCUUACGCCUCAAGCCUUGAAGCAAAAGAGGACGGAUCCUCUACUAUUCAUCAACUAUCCAGUCAAGUCGACCUAUACCUCAGCGAGGUAG